AUGUUCUCGUGUUUUCUGGUGUUGUACGUCUUGGAGAAAGAUUAUCGCUACAACGAAAAGCCUGAAAUUUCAAGCAUGCUCUUUCCCUACAAUAGGUCGCUGCUCUGGAACUUUAGCGCCUGUGGCAGAGUAGGUUCCAGGCAAAAGCGCUGUCUCGCCCAGCACCUCAAGACCUCAAGCGCGCUCAGCAAACCGGCGGGCGCCGGCGCUGCCCGCGCGGCGCCGCAUCUCCCGCCAGAGCCCACUGCACAUGCGCAGUCAGACUCUCCGGCGGCCGCUCAGCUCCGCCCCUCGGAGACGCCGGGUUCCCUGAAAGGGACAGAGCGUCUCAGCAGCACGGAGGUGCAGGCUGUCGCCGAGGGCGCGGGGCCGGGCGCCGCUAGCGGUGCGCUCCGCCCCGGGGCCCCCGCCCCUGCCCCCGGCCAGGCCCGGGCUCCAGCCCCCGUCCCAGCCGCGGCCUCGCAGUUCACCCUGCUGGUGAUGCGCCCCUGUGGAGGGCCGGACGAGGCUGCGGCCGAGGGCGUCCUGCGGCAGGCUCCGGCCCUGGGGGGCAGCGCCGGGGCGGGCAAGCCCGUUCGGUACCUGUGCGAAGUGGCGGGGGAUGGCGAGGAGGAGGCGGGGGAAGACGAGACAGACCUGCUGGACACUUCGGACCCCCCGGGGGGAGGCGAGAGCACGGCUAGUUUGGAGGAUCUGGAGGACGAGGAGACCCAUUCUGGGGGAGAGGGCGGCAGCGGUGGAGCCCGGAGACGGGGCAGCGGCGGAGGCAGCAUGAGCAAGACCUGCACCUACGAGGGCUGCAGCGAGACCACGAGCCAGGUGGCCAAGCAGCGCAAGCCGUGGAUGUGCAAGAAACACCGCAACAAGAUGUACAAGGAUAAGUACAAGAAGAAGAAAAGCGACCAGGCCCUGAACUGCGGUGGGGCCGCCCAGGCUGGCAGCGCAGGAAACGUCAAACUUGAGGAAAGUGCAGAUAAUAUACUCUCCAUUGUUAAACAGAGAACAGGAUCUUUUGGGGAUCGACCUGCAAGACCUACUCUUUUAGAACAAGUGUUAAAUCAGAAAAGACUGUCAUUACUAAGAAGUCCAGAAGUGGUGCAGUUUUUACAGAAACAGCAACAGCUAUUAAAUCAGCAAGUUUUGGAGCAAAGACAACAGCAAUUUCCAGGAACAUCAGUGUGAGCGAAUUUAUCAAGAAGUCCUACACAUUUUUUAUCUUAUUGUAGUGGAUGGACAUAUUUUUAUACUAAAGAUAAAUGGGGUAAGAUUUUGCCAGUAGAAGGUAAACAGUCAUUUUCCUGUGACUGUAUGUGUGCAUUUGGGGACAAAUACGUAUUGCACAUUGUGCAUCUAAUCCUUUCAGAUCACUGUGGAUUUGAAGAAAUCAGCUUAUCUUUCCAAAGUAAUAUUUAAUUACAAUGUUUUUUUAAACAAAAUGUUUCUCUUCAGUCACUGUUACUGAAGGUAAUGAAGCAGUUGCUUUCUGUGGAAGUCACGAAGUUAAUAGAUAUUAAUCUUGAAUCAUCUAACUCAGUGAUUCUCAUCAAGGGGCAGUUGGAAACAUGUGGGUAUGUUUUUGCUUGUCACGGUGACCUUGAAAACUGCUGGUUUUUAGUGAAUGGGACAGGAAUGCUAGGUGUCUGGAAUGGUCCUCCACAACUAAGAAUUAUAUUACACACAAUGCCAAUAAUCCCCCUGUUAAGAAACACUGAGAGCUACUUGUGAUGAUAAAAUGUAGUUGGGGCACCUAGAAUUGGGUUCUCGUAAUAACCUUUUCUUUGCAGUUAAGACUGGAGCUGUCAAAGAGGUAAGCAUAUUUUCUGUGUAUAAGGAAAGUGAUCAUUGUUAAAUAGCUGUGAGAUUAGGAUGUGCAUCUCCUUUCAGAGAUGUGCUGGUAAAACCUGAGAGGGAUUAACCAAGUACCCUGGAAUGAGUGCAUCUCCUAAAGUUGGCUUCUCUACUUCUUGUUACCUGUUAGUGUUGAUCUCAUUUAAAACAGACACUCUUGUGUGUUGAAUUUGUGAACAGUACAAAUGUAUCUCAUCCCACCAAUGUCAGGACAAAAUUACUUUUUUAUACUCAUUUCUUUUUAAAAAAGAGAUCCCGAAAAAAGAAUAACACUCCAGCAUUUUGUCAGUGUUUUUCAAAAUUGAGCUAUUUUAAGAUUGUGUUAUUCCUAAGUAAUGUUCAAAGAGUGAUGGGUAAUCUGGAUAGAUACUUUUUUCUUGUAUUUUCUCCUAGGAAAACUUUUAAAAGGCAAAGCUUACCAAUAAGAGUAUCAAAUCAAAUGUCAAGAAAGUAUUUCCAGUGUUAGGACAAUAAAUGCAUGUGCCUCAAGUUAAACUGUGCAAAAAUUUGUUAGUUUCUUGGGUUUUAAGCUCUGAAAUAUAUAUCAAGUUAAACUUAGUCAUGGCUGUUCUGAGAUGUACUUAAGGAGAGAAGGAAUCUUUAUGUUCAUUUUUUAUAUGUGUUUUAUACCUGCAUAUCUGUGCAAAAAUGCUUUCACCAGAAUUAUUCA